AAUGCUACGUGGAACCCUUUCAAGAAGCUUGGGGCGGAAAAAAAAAAAAAGAAAAAAAAGCAGCAGCAGCAGCAGCUUGGGGCUUGGAGGGAGGGAGGGGAGGAAGGAGGGAGGGAGGGAGGGAGGGAGGGAGGGAGAGAGGGACCGACCGGCAAAGCGAAACCAGGCAAGCGCUGCUCGGAGAACAAAGCAGGACUUUCGAAAGCAGACACAGACACAGACACAGACACGCAAGCCCAGGAGCAAGAAAGGAAACGAAGGAGACACUCGGACCCCCAACAAGAGGAAACAAAACUCAACCUGG